AGUUAACUUCUAAUAUUUCGAUUGACAUUCGAUUGUAGUUGACCGAGAACCGGUUUAAGUCGAUAUAGGAUGAUAUUGACUUUCGAAGGCAUCCUUAUUCUUGCUCUGUGGCAUUCCUUUGAUAAUGUGCAAGGAAUUGUGGUCGGAGCACCUGCUCCUUGCGAUGCCUAUUGCUUCAAAGAGCUGAAACCCUUGCAUAACACAAUUGCCACACUGUAUAACCGUUUGACCGAAUACGAAACGAUGCAAUUUGUCAAUGCGAGUGCCAGACUGGAUAAAAUUGAUAAAGAGUUAAAGACACAGAAAUUCAGGGUGUCGGCUAAUACGCAACGCAUUUCAAGAAAUAGAAAGAAUUUGAGCGAUCAAAUGAAAUCAAUUGAAAAGCGUAAGAGGGAAUUGCGAAAACCCUUUGUUCAGAUCGGAUCUGGAUAUUAUUACAUUGAGAGUGCGUUGCAACUCACUUGGUUUGCAUCCGUCUUUGCAUGCCAUCGACACGGUGGCCAUUUGAUCACGCUAAAUAAUCAAGAGGAACUGGAUGCAAUCAUUCCGAAAUUGUAUGCAAAGGGCACCUACUGGACUGACGUCAAUGAGCUGUCAAUUGAUGAAUACGUAUCGAUCACCACUGGAUCGAGAGCUGAAUUUUUUAAUUGGAGAAGAGGAGAACCAAAGGUAAGUGCAAGUGAGGAAUGCGCAGGCAUCCAAGGACCAAGGUUUGAAAUGAUUGAUCUGAAUUGCCGGUCGAAAAAUUAUUUCAUAUGUGAGGCAUUUGAGGAAUAAAUUUAUUGAAAAUUGUUUCAAUAUGGAAAUGUAGAUAGUAAAUGUCAACAUUUUCUUGCGGACUCUUGAAUAAUUUAUUAUUGAUGGCGAUCUUAAAAAUUUCCCAAAUAUUUAUAUCGCAAUCUUUCAAACAGUUUAUUAUAGUAACAUUGACGAUCUUAAUUUGGAUGUGAUAAUAGAAUUAUAUACAUCCAUCUGAGUAACAAAAGUGUAACGUUUGAAGUAGUUCGAUUAUACAUAGCUCCAAAGCUCAAUACGAAUCUGUGAGAUUUAUAAAACUGUUUUAUAGAUAACCAACCAUAAGUUGUAGAAAACUUUGAAUCUAUGUGACUAAUUGUAGGAUGUUAUCUACAUCUAUUAUGUAAUUAUUGCUUUAAAGCGAAUAAUACACAUUUGUUAAAUAGUGUAAAGUAUUAAUUGGCUACAGUUUGUGUUCUAAAGUUAGCGAGCGUAGUUAACCUCUAAUAUUUCGAUUGAGAUUCGAUUGUAGUUGACCGAGAACCGCGUUCAAGUCGACACAAGAUGUGGAGAUAAGGAGAACCAAAGGGAGGAACAAAUACGGGAUGCGUGAAUAUUGAAGGACCAAAGUUUGAAGUGAAAAAUUUCAAAUGCGCCACUGAGAAUUAAAUCGUAUGUGAGGCAUUUGAGCAGCAAAAUAAUACGAGCAUAUUAAUGAUUUGAUUUGUAAAUGUGAUUUAACACUUUCUUGCGGGUCGAGUAUAAAUAUAUUGUUUGAAUAAUUCAUUCGGAGGUGGCAUUCUAAAGAAUUCUCCAAGUAUUAUGUUAUCAUCAACGGGUUAAAUUUAUGUUAAAUUAUUGAUAAUGUAUGUGAUAAUACAAGCAUAUAUACAUAAAUAGCAAGAAGAGUUAAGAGUUCAGCUCAAAAAGGUUGUUGACCUGUCAAAGUUUAUAGCGGCUGCCUGUUUUAAGGUUUUGUAUUUAAUGGUAAAUGCUUUCACCCGCUGCUCGCAGUGAUUAAUUUUGAUGUGCGCGAAUUGAGACUAAGUCCGAAAACCAGUAGCCGCAAAUCUCCGUCCGCCGCCGCCGCCAUCGAGAUGAAUAUUAAUUAAAAAUUUAAAUUCAUUUGACCCGCAGCUUUAAAAGCAUAAUUGAAGCUUGGACUUUCGUCGUGAGAAAGACAAACGUCAGAAGACCGACAAAACUAUUUACGAGAAUACGUCGACAACUAUUAAUGCUGUGUGUUACCAAAUGUGACGAUCAGCUGACCAAAUUAGUUCAGCUCGUGAUUGGCUCAGCUGGAAUUGACCUCUUGCCGGACAAUUAGCAAAUUGCUGGAACUUUGUGAUGCUUUUACUUUUAAGAAGACCGCAACAACCACAACAACAACCGAAACCGAAACAACGUAAACAAAAACAAAACCGGAGCAAACGAAUUCCAUAAUUAAUUAUUUGCACACCAUUAAAAGCAAUGGGACACCGUUUUUCACAUCUCUUAUAUGCAUGGAUCACUAUGUAGUCUUCGAGUCUUCGAGUCUGUGAUGCCAUUCCAUUUUCGGCAUUCUUUUUUUCGGCGUUCUUCUUAGCAUAUACAUAUGGAUGCUAAAGGCCCGGCUCCGAGUCUCCAAGUCUCUGUUCAUGAUCUAUGCGCACCGGGGUGAAACUUUUUCUAUUUAUUUUUCUUUCUUUUCAUUCGCGGACAAGUUCGACCUGGGCAAAAAGCUCAACCGGAUUAUCUUCCAAGGUUCAGUUGAGUUUCGUGCGUAUUCGAGUGCUGUCGUCUUCAUUCUCCUGCUCAUCUAUGUCAUCUGGAUCUGUAGUCUUCGUCAUCGUCAUCGUUAUCGCUUUGCUCUUAGCUGUUGAGGCACGAGUGCGUGGCAAACAAUACGAUGAGGAGAAGGACACAAUUGUCGAGCUGCCCAAACUGGGCGCCAUUCAGGGCAAAGUCAUCGAGACAGCUUGGACUAAUCGAGAAGUUCUACAGUUUGUGGAUAUGAGAUACGCCGAGCCGCCAACGGGACAAUAUCGAUUCAAGCCACCGCGUCCCAUAGAGCCCUGGGAGGAUGUGAUGGAUGCGACAGCCGAGAAGAUUGGCUGCCCCUCGGUGGUGUCCAUGGAUUCGCUGACCAAGCUGGACGAUGUGCUUGACGUGGAGGAUUGCCUCACCAUGACAAUCACGACACCAAAUGUCACUGGCGCAUUGCCGGUGCUUGUCUACAUCCACGGGGAAUAUCUCUACGAGGGCAGCAACUCUGAGGCACCGCCAGACUAUCUGCUGGAGAAGGAUGUAGUGCUGGUGACGCCGCAGUAUCGCCUUGGCCCCUUUGGCUUUCUGUCCACCAAGACCGAUGAGAUUCCCGGCAAUGCGGGCUUCCUCGAUAUCUUUCUGGCGCUGCAGUUCGUCAAGCACUUCAUCACAUACUUUGGCGGCGAUCCAAGUCGAGUUACCGUUGCGGGUCAGGUGGGUGGAGCAGCCAUAGCGCAUCUGCUGACACUUUCGCCGAUGGUGCAACGUGGUCUGUUCAGUCAGGUGAUCUAUCACUCUGGCUCCGCCAUCAUGCCCAUCUUUCUGGAGGACAAUCCUCGCAAGCAUGCCCAGGAGAUUGCCCAAAAGGCCGAGUGCCAAAUGGUCACUGUGCGUGAUCUCAACAAUUGUCUGAUGGAGCUCAGCGCCAUGGAGCUGCUGAAUGCCUUUAUGGACCAUGCGUUGGAGAAGUCUGAUCUGGGCAUUGGACACACUGGAGGCAUACAGUUUACCAUCGGUGGACCGAGUGGCGUGUUGCCCAAGCAUCCCUAUGAUCUGAUGCUGGAGUCCAACUUCUCUUAUCCGGCCAUGGGCGGCUGUCCCAAGAACGCAGGCACGCGUGUGCUUAACGAGAUUGUGGAGAACGAUUUCGAGGGAAAGAUACCGGAUGACGAGUACAACACCUACAACUACAUUGAUCACAUCAUACGCCAGGUUGUGGGCACUGACAAGACCAUGCUCCUCACCAGCUUCAUCACACAUGACUUCUUCAAUCGCCAGCUGCUCGAGAAUGGCACUUUCGAUAUGCUGAUACCCAGGCUAAUUGAUGUAGCGGGCACACUGAACCACAAGCUUCCUGUGUUGUUGGCACUGAACAUGAACAACAAGCACAAUCCGGACAACACAUUCCUCUACUCUUUCGACUAUGCGGGCGAGUUCAAUCGCUAUCGCGAAAUGGACGAGGAAACGAAUAUGCAAAGUCCUUUCAAGGCAGGCGUUUCACUCACAGACGAGGCGCUUUAUCUUUUCCCCUAUCCGGAGCAUGUGCAGCGUCUCAGUCCGCCCGAUGAGGCAAUGGCUCGCCGCAUGGUGGAUCUGUGGACCAACUUUGUCAUCACUGGCAAUCCGCUGGGCUCCUACAAAGCAGGCUACUGGCCACCCAUGACCACACUCUAUGGCCCCUACAUGAAGAUCGACGAGACUCUCACCAUUGCUGGCAAUUACUUCAAUGAGUUCUCCGCCACUCUGCGUGAUGAGGAUCAGGGUCACAGUCUCAUUCGCGAGAUUUACUAUCUUCGCAAACGUGCUCAUCAGAAAUCUCAGGCUCAGCGCAAAAAACAGGCGACGGCUGUUGCCAGUAAACUUAAAAAAGUGCACGUUAGGAAGAGUCUUGUAAAGCGUCCCAAUCGCAACAAGAUACGCUUCUAAACUGUUUAAUUAGCAUAAUUAAAAUGAUGAAAAUUUAUAUUAAUUUAAAUUACAAUAUUGUAUUUAUAUGAAACAUAAUUUUGUACAUUCUUUAAUAUAGAG